GGACAAAUGUUGACUUUGAGUUAAGCUGAGCUUUAGGUACAGGGACUGCCUGGAUUUCUCUGUGUUCGUGACUUCUCAUCUGUAGAGAAGAUGAAGAUUGAUAUUCAUAACCAUAUUUUGCCUAAGGAAUGGCCUGAUCUAAAAGAGAGAUAUGGAUAUGAUGGAUUUGUCCAGCUCCACCACCACUGUAAGGGAGAAGCCAAAAUGAUAAAGGACGGGAAAGUGUUCCGUGUAGUUCAGGAAAACUGCUGGGAUGCUGACACUCGGAUACGAGACAUGGAUAAGCACGGGGUCACGAUGCAGGCCCUGUCUACUGUCCCUGUGAUGUUUAGCUACUGGGCAAAACCUCAAGACACACUGGACCUUUCUGGGAUCCUUAAUGACGACCUGGCAGCCACAGUGAGCCGAUACCCGAAACGCUUUGUAGGCCUCGGCACUCUUCCCAUGCAGGCCCCUGAGCUGGCUGUACAGGAAAUGCGGCGCUGUGUGCAGGAACUUGGUUUCCCAGGGGUGCAAAUUGGUUCACAUAUCAACACCUGGGACCUUAACGCUCCUGAGCUUUACCCUGUUUACGCUGCUGCUGAGGAGCUAAACUGUGCUUUGUUUGUACAUCCGUGGGACAUGCAGACAGAUGGGAGAAUGGCCAAGUACUGGCUGCCCUGGCUAGUUGGUAUGCCUUCAGAAACUACAAUGGCUAUUUGCUCCAUGAUCUUUGGAGGUAUUUUUGAGAGAUUCCCAAAGCUAAAGGUCUGCUUUGCUCAUGGAGGUGGUGCUUUUCCUUAUACAAUUGGACGAAUCGAGCAUGGAUUCAAUGUCCGGCCAGACCUGUGUGCUACGGACAAUAAGAUCAAUCCACAUAAAUACUUAGGAUCGUUUUACACUGAUUCUCUGGUCCAUGACCCACUCGCUCUUCAGUUACUUGUUAAUGUCAUUGGGAAGGAUAAAGUGAUGUUAGGAACAGAUUACCCAUUUCCUCUUGGAGAACUGGAGCCUGGAACACUGAUAGAAUCGAUGCAUGAAUUUGACGGCACACUAAAGGAUAAACUCCUGGCAGGAAAUGCUCUUGAAUUUUUGGGUCUUAAGAGGAAACAGUUUGAGUGACAUGCUGAGAAUUCAGUGGCCUUCUUCAUAAGGAAAAGAACUUUCCAAAAUCUAAAAGCGGAGGUGCAGCAGCUUUCUGGAGAGACGUUUUUUCAUCAAAUAAAACAUAUAUUUUAAAGUA